AGCUCACAAAAAUGCAAAACUAUUAAGUUAUCUUGUAUAAACAGGUCUGGUCACAAAACAGAGAUAGAAAAAAUGGAACCUCUUACGCAUUACGAUUGCACUGCAGAGUAUGAUUAUUUUAAUAAAACUGUUAAAGGAGAAACUAAGACAGUCUUCAUUAAAUGUGAUGUAAACAAUACACCUGAGCUUAGUGCAACUAAUACCAGCAUAAUAGCAUCCUGGGAUACAACUAGCUCAAACUGUGGUAAUCAAACCUUUGACUGGAAUGUAAAGUGCAACGGCACAUAUAAAAAACUUGAUCAAAAACAGAACCCCUACAAUAGUUCUGGACUGAAACCCUUUGAAAACUACAGUUGUACCUUUACUGCAUUAUAUAAAAAUGCAUCCUUUUUAAGUACAUUAGAAAACAUCCGAACACAUCCUGGAGCACCAGAAAUUAAGAAUUGUACAACUGCAAAGAUUAACAAUAAUGCUUUUGGUGUGACAUGUACAAUUGUCAAAUGGAAUGGAAAAUCAGAUGGAGCCAAAUUGUAUGCUCAACUGUAUAUAGGUAAUGCACCGUGUACAAACCACAGUGCAACGUGCAAAGAAUCAGUUUGUUCAAUAAUUUUUUCAAACCUCUACUACUUAACAGCCUAUACAGUCAAGGUCUAUGCUAUAAAUGGCAAUAACAAUAGUACAGACAAAGUAGAACAUCAUUCCACUUCAUACAAUGAUACAGCUGUCCUUGGAUUUCUGGGAUUCCUUAUUGUUCUCACAUCUCUUGCACUUUUGUUUGUCAUGUACAAAAUCUACCUUCUAAGGAAGGACACAACAAGGGAUGAUUGUGAAAUGGACCUUCUUCCUCAAAAUACACUGCUCCAGGUUGAGCCCAUCAGUGCUGAAGCUCUGGUUGACACAUACAAGAGAAAAAGGGCAGAUGAGGGACGCCUGUUUAUGGAAGAAUUUCAGAGUAUUCCACGUAUUUUCUCCAAUUAUUCAGUCAAAGAAGCUAAAAGAGCGGAAAAUCAGACAAAGAAUCGCUACAUUGACAUUCUUCCCUAUGAUUAUAACCGUGUUCAGCUGUCUCACGAAGGACAUGACUAUAUCAAUGCCAGUUUUAUUGAGGGUUACAAGGAGUCCAACAAAUACAUUGCAGCGCAAGGACCCAAAGAAGAAACAAUUGGAGAUUUCUGGGCGAUGAUCUGGGAACAAAAGUCAUCAAUCAUUGUCAUGGUUACUCGUUGUGAGGAAGGAAACAAGAACAAGUGUGCUCAGUACUGGCCAUCACUGGGUAGAGAAGCUGAGAUUUUUGAUGACAUGGUUGUGAAGAUCAAGAGAGAGGAAAACUGCCCUAAUUACAUUAUUCGUCACCUGACCCUGAUAAAUCGGAAAGAAAAGUCCCAAGAGCGUCAAGUCACUCAAAUCCAGUUUACAAGUUGGCCAGACCAUGGUGUACCCUCUGAUCCUGGCCUGCUCCUCAAACUACGCCGCAGAGUCAACUCGUUUAAGAAUGUCUUCAGUGGACCCAUUGUUACUCAUUGCAGUGCUGGAGUUGGACGCACUGGCACUUACAUCUCUAUUGAUGCCAUGAUUGAGAGUCUGGAAGCAGAGGGGCGUGUUGACAUCUAUGGAUAUGUGGCCAAACUUCGCCGUCAAAGAUGCCUCAUGGUCCAAGUAGAGGCCCAGUAUGUGCUCAUCCACACUGCACUCAUCGAGUACAAUCAGUUUGGUGAGACAGAGAUCUCACUCUCAGACUUUCACUCAGUGGUCAACACACUUAAACAGGAGGCAAAUGAGCCCAGUUUGAUGGAGCUGGAGUUUCAGAGACUUCCAAAGUUUAGUAACUACAGGGCAUCCAACACAGCACAGUCUGAAGAAAAUAAUAAGAAAAAUCGCUACUCCUCUGUUGUGCCAUAUGACUUCAAUCGAGUGCUGAUUAAGCUAGAAGAAGAUAGCGGUAAUGAGAGUCAGGCGGAAGAUGAUGAGGAAUAUUCCUCAGAUGAAGAUGAUGAACUACCAACCAAAUACAUAAACGCCUCCUAUGUGGAUGGAUACUGGGUCCCAGACAGCCUUAUUACUGCACAAGGACCUAUGGCUGACACAGUCGGAGACUUCCUGCACAUGCUUUACCAGAUGCGGGUUAAAGUUGUGUUCAUGCUUUCUGACUGCACUGAAAAUGACAAGGAGUGCUGUUCUUCGUACUGUCCCAAUGAGAAGACAACAUUUGAUGAGAUUGAGGUUGAGGUCAUUGAGACAGAAACCUUCCCAACAUACAUCAGGCGGCAGCUGAAACUUAAUCACACAAAGAGGGAUAAGAGCCACACAGUGGAUCAGUACCAAUUCCUGAAAUGGGCGAGUCAUGAGGUACCUGCCAACCCACUUGACUUGAUUGACAUGAUGAAGAGCAUCAGGCAGAGCUACUACUCUAUCAGCGCAAACAAGAGGAUACCCAUCGUUGUGCACUGCGGUGAUGGUUCUUCAAGAUCUGGAAUCUUUUGUGCACUGUGGAAGUUAAUGGACAGUGCAGAGACAGAAAAGCUGGUGGACAUCUUCCAGGUGGCCAAAGACCUACGCAAGACUCGCCCCGGCAUGGUUACUAACUUUGAGCAGUACAAGUUCCUCUAUACAGCUUUGGAACUGGCACUCCCCGUGCAGAACGGUGAGGUAAAGAAGGCAAGUGCUGCCACUGAUAAUGUUGAAGUCAUUGAUGAAUCAGAAGCCCUGAUUGGUAGUAAUGGUGCAGACCACAGCACCAAAACUGACACCAUGACGGAAAGUGAGACAGAAACCAAGACGGGCGAUGAGGCAAGCACUGCCUCUGCAUCACCUGAUGAGGGAGCCAGUGAGUCUAGCAACAUGCCAGAAAAAGGCCCUAGUGAAGGCACCACUAAUGGUCCAAAUGUUACUGUAGAGGUGUAAUCUGUCUGUAUAGGAUGAUGAAUGGUUAAUACCAUUUUACAGCAAAGUGAAUUUUAUAAUGCUUACAAUAUUUUUACAGGGUUUUUGUAUUUGUAGUUACGUGGACUAAUGUGAUUUUUUCAGC